AUGCCACCCACUUUCAAUCUGUCAGCCGCCUGGGACUCCAUACCUGUCACAGUUGCCGAUGGCCACGACCUCAACGAAAAGACGCUGCUGGGAUUUCCGGCGUUCAAGAAUUGGUUGGAUGCGCUCAAAAAGAAUCUUGAAGUGCAAACAACUCCUGGACACACGUUUGAGAAGGAUCCAUGGCGCCUAACAGGCGUGAUGAUACAUAACGUCACCGUGUUUGAUGACGGCAAGAUAGGCUUCAUGACGAUCGAAGCAUUGAUGAAAAAGAACGACAAAUCCCUAAACCGAGUCAUCUUCUUGCGCGGCGGUAGUGUAGCCGUCCUUAUGAUACUACGACCCAAGGACGCUAGGAACGAGCGAUAUGUCAUCCUCACAGAGCAGCCGCGAAUCGGCGCAUGUAGCACUGCUUUCCUUGAGAUUCCCGCGGGCAUGCUGGACGAUAAGUCUGGCGAUGUUAUUGGGAAAGCGAUGCAGGAAAUUGAAGAAGAGACGAGUCUAAGGGUCAGGGGAGAGGAGCUGAUCGACCUGACGGCGAUGGCUCUCGAGCAGGCUGAAACCAAAGAGCAUCUGCAAAAAGCGUUGUACAUGAGCCCUGCAAAUCUUGACGAAUAUAUCCCGUUGCUGUUGUGGGAGAAAGACCUGGACCGGAAGGAGAUCGAGGCCUUGAAGGGCAAGUUGACUGGCGAACGCGCCAAGGACGAACUGAUCACUUUGCGCGUACGCGAUUACGAAGUGCUUUGGAAAGAAGGUGCAAGAGAUGCUAAGACGCUUGCUGCUUGGGCCCUGUAUGAAGGAUUGAACAGGGCUGGAAAGAUUGAAAAGCGAUUACAAGAAAUCCGUAUAGGUCGCACGCAGAGAUGA